GUUGAGACAUCUGCAAGCUAAAACUCUAAUGGCUCUCUAUGCUUCAACUAUAUGGAUUCCCGUUCUUUUACUCCUGUUUCUAUUGCUCAUAGUUAAAAGAAAGAAGGAAGACAGAAAACAAAAUAAGCAGCUCCCACCUGGUCCUCCUAAGCUUCCAAUUUUAGGCAACUUGCACCAACUUGGUGAAUUGCUUCACCAAUCUUACUGGAAGCUGUCCAAGAAAUAUGGUCCUGUUAUGCUCCUUCAACUUGGUAAUAUCCCAAAUGUUGUAAUCUCCUCUGCUGAGGCAGCAAGAGAGGUCUUAAAAGUUAAUGAUCUUGCUUGUUGCAGCAGACCUCAGUUAGCAGGUGCUGGCAGACUCUCUUAUAAUUAUUUAGAUGUGGGUUUAACACCAUAUGGUGAUCACUGGAGAAACAUGAAAAAACUAAUUGUCUUACAGCUUUUUAGCUUGAAGAGAGUGCAGUCUUUUCGGUCCCUUAGGGAAGAAGAAGUUGAAUUGUUCAUCAGUUCAAUCUCCAAUUCAGCAGCUUCUGAAACUCCCAUUAAUCUUACAGAAAAGUUAUUUUCCCUUACUGCAAAUAUCACAGUUCGAAUGUCUUUCGGAUUUGAUUAUCGGGGGACUAAUUUCGACAGAGAUAGAUUUCAUGAAGUGGUUCAUGAUGGUGAAGCUGUGGCAGGAAGCUUCUCUAAAAGUGAAUUGUUCCCAUAUUUUGGUUGGGUUUUUGAUUGGAUAACCAGCCAUCAUGCUAGGACUGAAAGAGUUUUCCAUGAGUUGGAUACCUUUUUUGAAUAUGCAAUCAAUGAUCAUCUUAAACCAGGAAGGAAUAAGGAGAAAGACGACGUGAUAGAUGUGCUGUUAAGAAUAAAGGAAGAACAAGCUGAAACUGGAAUGGCAAAGUUCACAAAUGAUAACAUUAAGGGAGUCCUUCUGAAUUUAUUUUUAGCUGGAGUAGACACUUCUGCGAUUACCGUGAACUGGGCAAUGGCAGAGCUGUCUCGGAAUCCGAGUGUGAUGAAGAAAGCGCAAGAUGAAGUUAGAAAUGUUGUUGGAAAGAAAGGAAGAAUAACUGAAGGUGAUCUCGACCAGCUUGAAUACUUAAAGAUGGUAAUAAAAGAAACUUUCAGAUUGCAUCCUGCUGCUCCACUGCUACUUCCUAGAGAAACAAUCUCUCAUUUUAAAAUCAAUGGCUACGACAUUUAUCCCAAGACACUAAUCCAAGUUAAUGCCUGGGCAAUUGGACGUGAUCCUAAGUAUUGGAAGGAUCCUGAACAAUUCUUCCCUGAAAGAUUUGCUGAUAGUGACAUCGACUUUAAAGGACAAAAUUUUGAAUUCUUGCCAUUUGGAGCAGGUAGAAGAAUUUGUCCUGGGAUACAUAUGGCAACAAUAACAGUGGAGAUCGUACUUGCAAACCUUCUGUAUUGUUUUGAUUGGAAACUGCCCGAUGGAAUGAAGAGGGAAGACAUCGACAUGGAAGAGCAACCUGGUAUUAGUCUCACUGUAUCUAAAAAGACUCCUCUCAACCUUUUGCCUGUGGAGCACUUUUAGUAGCCAUUAUAUUAUAACAUCAGAUGAAAAUCAUAGUAAAUUAUUUAUUUUCUAGUAAUUUUGCAAUAAAGAAUACGGUAGAAUAUAAAAUACGUGUUUAUGUUACUAAACUACGUAGAAAAUUUUCAGCCCUUAUGCAUAUCA